UGUUUGCUUGCGUUGUUAUAACGUUUCCUCGAGGGGAAGAAGCUAAAGUAACUAACGGUUAAUAAAAAAAAACCUUUCGCUGUUUAAUUGUACUAAUGUCGUUUUAAAAAGCUUAGCUAGCGUUACCUCUCGUUGUAAAGUUAGCUUUCACCUGACAAACACUAUGAUUUAAAUUAUAUAUGCAGUAAAUUAUAGUACAUUAAACUCUUUAAAAGUCGCUAUGGAUCGAUACAACGAGGUGAAGCUGCUGCUGAAGAGCUGGGAGCAGGGAUUUGUCAAAGACCACCAGAGGAAACCAAACAAGGAGGACAUUGAUCAAGCUCCAGAUGAGACCAAGAACCUGUAUAAAGAGUACCGCAGUUUGAAACAAGCCAAAGAAAACAGCAGCAGUGGUGCAGCCAGCGGACAUGCUGAACAGUCCAGAUCUGCAGCUGGAGCCAACACAGUCCAUAAGGAGCCAGACUGUUGGGGUGCCCAUCUGAACCGCAGCUCACUGCCUGCAUCUUCUCCCAAAAUGACAUCCGAGGACAGAGACAGUCUUCAAGCCUCUGCCCAAUACUAUGGCCUAAAACUUAAAAGUAACCUGACAACACUCAGUAAGGAGAGACCUGUCUCACUGAAGAAAUCUGCUGUUCCUGGUCGGGUGCCUCUAAACUCUUUGAAAGACGGACAAACUGGACAGACGAACAGCCCUGUUGCUGCCACGACCAAGACUGCAUUCUCUGACCCCAAAUCCAGCCCUUUCACACCAAGAAGAUUUAAUUCUGGCCUGGGGUCCCUGGCUUCAAAGACACCUCAGAAAGUCGAACCCGAAGAGCCGUUUAAACCGUUUGAACCUGUCAGAGAGUCCUGUGAAGAACCUCCAAGUGCUACCAGUAGUAAUAUUAGUAGUGUGAGUAAAGUUAUUGGCUCACAAAGCCAGAAUUACUCUAAUCAGGCUCCCUCUCCAGCCAGAUCUUCUGCCUUUUUAUCAUCUUUGUCUUCUCCAAGUAAAGAAGUAAUUGUAGGAGACACAGGAAAGUUAAAUGAAAGUAUCACAGCUUCAGUAGAAACUUUAGGAACUCCACAUAAGGCUUUUGAUGAGGCAGGUGUUGGAAGUUUAAUCGGCUUGAGAGGAAGCCCGCGUGUUGUUGGAGGUUUCAGAGGAGGAAUGGGAGCGAGAGGGAAGGCCUCUCCUGCCAGCAGACUGAGUGUUGUUGACAAGAAGUGGCUCGAGAGGUGUCAGGUGUUUGGGGAGAUGGGGGCUGAGGUGAAACCGGCAGCAGGCAACCAGGACAUAGAGCUUGAGAAAAGAGGAGAGAGAGAAGGGGAGAAAGAAACGGAAACAAAAAUACAAGGAGAAAAUAAAGUUGGAAAACAAGAAACGGAUGAAAAGGGAGAAAGAAGGGAGGCAGUAGGUGAUGGAAGAGAUGAAAAGUUUAAGAGCAUUACAAGUGACAAAACAGUCAGCGGUAGUGCACAGAAACCUUCUGUUCAACCCACUGAAAAACGCAAAGGAAAACGGGAAACAAAGGUGAAAAAGAAGGGAGAUGAGGAGAUGGAAAGAGGACUGACGCCACCUUUAACGCCAGAAGAUGAUGUCAAUGAGGCUAGUCAUAAACCCAAAGGUACAAAGAAGAGAGGGAGGAAAAGGCAGCGAGAGGGAGAGACCACGGAGGGAGAGACACCAGAGGAGGGAGGAGUGAAGAAGAAGCGUAGGAAUGUGGAAAAGAAAGAGAAGAGCUCUGAUGUAAACCCCAGCCCGGCUCAAGAAGGAGGGAAGAAAAGGAGAGCCAAGAAAAAAGGAGACGAAGAGGGAGAAGAAAAGAAAGAAACCAAGGAGCCAAAAAAGGCACCUCAGGAGAACCUGUUUGGAGAAAUCGAGGAGGAAUAUGAAGCCAGGAGAUCGUAUCACACGCAGCCUGUCAAAGCAAAAGGCAUGAAAGGCGCAGAGGGUAACUUUGUGAAGAUAAAUCUGAAGAAGAAGUCUCACGUCAAAGGAUACGCACUCAGAGGUGCCGGUCUCCGCAAACAGUUGUACAUGCAGAAGUUCCAGCUGAAAGGUGAACGGUUUGGUGGAGGUGGAGGGUUUUUUGGCAGAGGAAGAGGAAGAGGUGGAUUCAGAGGAGGGCUCAGUCGGCAGGGCGACACCUGCUACAAGUGUGGAGGGACCGGACACUGGGCCAUGGACUGCAAGGGACGAGCUCCUCCUGCUCCUGUUCCUGAGGAGGAGCAGCCUGCUGUGGAGGAGCCGUUUGAACUACCAACUCUGGAGGAGGUGGCGAGGGCCACAGGCACGCUGCAUCCUCAGGCACUCGUGGCGUCUCCCAGCGUCACAGAGGAGCAGCCGUCCCAGGAAAAGCAGGUGGACAGUAACAAUAAAGACGAGGUGCUGCUGAAUGUGAUCCGUCCCGACUAUGAGCGCCCCGCUGCUCCACCUCCAAUGGAGCCACUUUUUCCCCUCAAAGAUGAUGGGGAAGUUCAGGAGACUCCUGCUGAGGUGUACGCAGCUCUGAAAGAACUGGGCUAUCAGUCCUUCAGGCCAGGACAAGAGGAAGCCAUCAUGAGGAUCCUGUCUGGUCUCUCCACCCUUGUGGUGUUGUCAACAGGAAUGGGUAAAUCAUUAUGUUAUCAGCUCCCGGCCUAUCUGUACGCUAAGAGAUCACAAAGUAUCACUUUGGUCAUUUCACCUCUCGUGUCACUAAUGGAUGACCAGCUGUCUGGUAUACCAGCCAAUCUGAAGGCAGCUUGUAUCCACUCCAACAUGACGAUGAAACAGAGAGAAGCUGCGGUAGAAAAGGUGAAGUCAGGCCAGGUGUGUGUGCUGCUGCUGUCUCCAGAGGCUCUGGUUGGUGGAGGCGGUUCAGGUUCAGGGUGUCUGCCGUCUGCUCAGGAGCUCCCUCCUGUGGCCUUCGCAUGCAUAGACGAAGCUCACUGUGUGUCAGAGUGGUCGCACAACUUCAGACCCUGCUACCUGAGACUCUGUAAGGUACUAAGGGAGCGGUUGGGGGUGCAGUGCUUGCUGGGACUCACUGCUACCGCCACGCUGUCCACUGCUGUGGACAUCGCACGCCAUCUGGACAUCACUGAUCAAAGUGGCAUUGCGGUGCGCUCUGCAGCGGUGCCUCCUAACCUGCACCUGUCUGUGUCCAUGGAUAGAGAGAAGGAUCAGGCUUUGGUCUCCUUGUUAAAAGGCGAUCGAUUCGGUUGCCUGGACUCGGUCAUCGUCUACUGCACCAGGAGAGAGGAGACGACUCGUGUGGCGGCGCUGCUCAGGACCUGCCUGCAGGGCGUGCUGGUGAAGGAAAACAAACACACCAGCAGUGAGAAACAACACAACCCUGUCGGACAGAAAAAGAAGGAUCUGGCAAGGAAGAAGAUCCGUAAACCGCUGAAGUGGCAGGCGGAGUCGUACCACGCCGGCUUGUCGUCAUCAGAGCGACGUCGCGUCCAGAACAACUUCAUGUGCGGAGAGCUCAGAAUCGUGGUGGCCACGGUGGCGUUCGGCAUGGGCCUCGAUAAAUCUGACGUCCGCGGUAUCAUCCACUACAACAUGCCGAAGAGCUUUGAGAGCUACGUUCAGGAGAUCGGGAGGGCAGGAAGAGAUGGAGAUCCAGCUCACUGUCACCUCUUUCUGAACCCUGAGGGUGAGGACCUCCAUGAGCUCCGUCGUCAUAUCUAUGCCGACACAGUGGAUUACUACACAGUGAAGAAACUGGUCCAGAAAGUUUUCCCUCCGUGUAAAUGUAAACAGAUACAUCAGAAACAACAGGAACUUGAAAAGGACAUUGAUGAUUCUGAGCUGCUGGAGAUGAUGGAGGUGUGUGAUCAGGAGAACCUGAACGCUCAGCAGCACCUGGUGCCAACAGAGACACCAGAACCGUCUGCUGCACAGGAGACAACACAUCCCGAUGCAGCGGAGCUUCCCCUGCAAGAAGAUCGAGAUGAAGGAGAGGAAGAGGAGGAGAGGAAAGAGGAGCAGACAGCUGAACACGAGGAAGCUGACAGUUCUGAUAAGCAGAAGGAUGCGGAGGAGAAGGGAGGCUGCGACUGGCUGAGGGACCAGGAAGAGGAGAGCAGUGAUUGGCCCAGAGAGCGAGUGUGUCACACGCAUGAGAGAGCGAUCCCCAUCCAAGAGACUGUGGAGGCUCUGGACAUCACAGAGGAAGGUGUAGAAACGCUGCUCUGCUAUCUGGAGCUGCAUCCUCAGCGCUUUGUCGAACUCCUCCACCCGACGAUGUCUGUGUGUAAAGUCGGUUGCUACGGAGGACCGAGACAGCUCCAGAAAAUCACCCGCCUGUGCCCUCCGGUUGCCGUGGUGUUGGCCAGAAGGCGGAUGGCGGGCGAGCGAGUGGAGACUUGUGAUCAGCUGGAGUUUGACGUCGUUGAGGUUGCGGACACUAUGGGAUGGCAGCUUCCUCUUGUGAAGAAAGGAAUCAGACAGCUGCAGUGGAGCAGUGUUGGCGGACGUAGCGGUGUCCACGUUGAAUUCUCCUCCUUGUCUUUCUACUUUCGUUCCUUCGGCGACCUCAGCGAUGACGAGAUGGACAAAGUUUGUCAGUUUCUCCAUAAUCGAGUGCAGAACCAAGAGAGAACGCAGCUCUACCAGCUCACCGCCUGCUUCAAGGCCUUUAAGAGUGUUGCGUUCCAGAGCACACUGUCCUGCCUCGAUGAUCUGGAUGAGAGUCGCAGUCUGAAGCUGAAAGACCUCCUCUCUGAGUACUUCGACAAGAGGCGAGACCGAAGCCAAAUGCUCGCACCGAUGGACAUCGAGGAGCUCGACAAAUAUAAACUCUUGGACUGGGAGAAUCAGAUCAGAGCAGAUAUUAGAGGUUUCCUUAGCAACCGAAGUGAUGAGAAGUUCUCUGGAAGGGCUGUGGCGAGAAUAUUCCACGGUAUAGGGAGUCCUUGUUAUCCUGCUCAAAUCUACGGCAGGGACCGGCGCUACUGGAGGAAGUACAUCCAGUUUGACUUCAACCAGCUCAUCAGACUGGCUACGCAGGAGAUCAUUCACUUCAAGUAAAUGACACAAUGUGUGUGUGAACCAUUUUCUUGCUCCCUCACACGAGGUCGAGGUAUGGUUUAGAUGGAUUUGGCCAGAACGGAUCACUAUUCUUCCAUCAUGUUGAAUUAUUUAAUCUGGGAUGUUUUCUAUGUAAGAUUUUUUUUGUUGACUGUAAUUAAAUAAAAAUAUUUCUAUU